CGGGGACGCGCAGGGGCCGGACUGCUCCCGGUCACCCACCCGAUGCUGGCACAGCCGCCCCGGCCCCUCCCCUGGCAUCUGACCUGCUCCCUGCGGUCCCGGGCACGCAGAAGCCCUGGGGCGUGCGUGGCUCCUGCCGCUAAAAGAGGUCUUAAGUUCCCAGAAGAGUCAAGCGUUUCCGGACCUCGGUGGGAAAAGAACUGGCUGUGACCUUUGCCCUGACCUUGAGGGGCCUAGCCUCGUGCUCAAUGGCAGCACCCACGUCCGGCCGUCCGGUGCUGACCCACGUGCUAGUGGCUCUCUUCGGCAUGGGCUCCUGGGCUGCGGUCAAUGGGAUCUGGGUGGAGCUACCUGUGGUGGUCAAAGACCUUCCCGAGGGUUGGAACCUCCCCUCCUACGUCUCUGUGCUAGUGGCUCUGGGGAACCUGGGUCUGCUGGUGGUGACCCUCUGGAGGCGGCUGGUCCCAGGAAAGGGCGAGCGGGUCCCCAUCCGGGUGGUGCAGGUGCUGAGCAUGGUGGGCUCAGCUCUGCUGGCCUCUCUGUGGCACUACGUGGCCCCAGUGGCAGGACAGCUGCAUUCCGUGGCCUUCCUAGCCCUGGCCUUCGUGCUGGCGCUGGCAUGCUGUGCCUCUAAUGUCACGUUCCUGCCCUUCCUGAGCCACCUGCCACCUCACUUCCUACGGUCGUUCUUCCUGGGUCAAGGCCUGAGUGCCCUGCUGCCCUGUAUGCUGGCCCUAGUGCAGGGUGUGAGCCGCCUUGAGUGCCCACCAGCCUCCACCAACGGCACCCCUGGUCCCCCGCUCAACUUCCCUGAGCGUUUUCCCACCAGCACCUUCUUCUGGGCACUGACCUCCCUUCUGGUCACUUCAGCUGCUGCCUUCCAGGGUCUCCUGCUGCUGUUGCCACCACCACCAUCUGUACCCACAGGGGACUUAGGAUCAGGCCUCCAGGUGGAAGCCCCAGGAGCAGAGGAAGAGGUGGAAGAGGCCUUGCCAUUGCAAGAGCCACCAAGCCAGGCAGCAGGCACCCCCCCUGGUCCAGACCCUAAGGCCUAUGGGCUUUUCUCGGCCCGCAGUGCCUGCCUGCUGGGCCUGCUGGCCACCACCAACGCACUGACCAACGGCGUGCUGCCUGCUGUGCAGAGCUUUUCCUGCUUACCCUACGGGCGUCUGGCCUACCACCUGGCUGUGGUACUGGGCAGUGCUGCCAAUCCCCUUGCCUGUUUCCUGGCCAUGGGCGUGUUGUGCAGGUCCUUGGCAGGGCUGGGUGGCCUCUCUCUGCUGGGCGUGCUCUUUGGGGCCUACCUGAUGGCACUGGCAAUCCUGAGCCCCUGCCCACCCCUUGUGGACACCUUGGCAGGAGUGGUCCUCGUGGUGCUGUCAUGGGUGCUGUGUCUGGGCGUGUUCUCUUACGUGAAGGUGGCAGCCAGCUCCCUACUGCAUGGCGGGGGCCGGCCGGCAUUGCUGGCCGCUGGCGUGGCCAUCCAGGCGGGCUCUCUGCUGGGUGCUGUCGCCAUGUUCCCUCCAGUCAGCAUCUACCACAUGUUCCACAGCAGAAAGGACUGUGUAAAUCCUUGUGGCUCCUGAGCCUGGGCAGGUGGGGACCCCGCUCCCCCAUCCUGUAUUUACCUCAGUGCUGCCACCGUGCCUGAAUGCCGCAGCCCAGGAGGCCCCCGCGCCGGCACACUCAUGGACACUCACACACUCCGUAGGAGACCCUAGCUUUCCAGGUGGGGGUCAGGGGCAAGGACCAGGCUUGGAGCCAGGGACUGGCUGGGGCUGUAGGGUAAGCCCCGGGGUCUGGGACUUACAUGUGGCUUGUGUAAUAAAACAUUUUUAUGUAAUGA